GGAGAGGAGAGGGAGGGGGAGAGAGAGGCUAGAGAGGGAACGAGAAAGUGAGAGAGUUCGUUCUCAUUAAGAGAGGCUCUAUGAUGUGACAGGCAGGCUGCUCCUGCUGCCGCGGCUGGAUGGUCUGUCAUUAGUUGAAAAGGACUGUGAGGGUGUGAGGAAGUGUGAGUCUGAAGACUGAGUACUGCUAACGGGUCUACCUGCCAAAGAGAUUCAAUGAGAUUUUUCUGUGGGAUUGGAAACUUGGAGUUAUUACUGCCUCAUCCACCGGUUAAACGCAGGCAGCGCUAGAAAAGAAAAGGGGGAGGCAGCCCACUCUGAUAAAGGCCCUGGAGAGAAGAUGUUCUAAGUAACAUUUCAGAGAAACUUCGAGUCACUAAAGAUGGAUAAUGAAACAGUGAGUGAACUGAACCAAACAGAACUUCAGCCACGCGCCGUGGUGGCCUUAGAAUAUCAAGUGGUCACCAUCUCACUCGUGCUUGUUAUCUGUGGUCUGGGCAUUGUGGGAAAUGUCAUGGUGGUCCUGGUGGUCAUGAGAACCAAGCACAUGAGGACCCCCACAAACUGUUAUUUGGUGAGUCUGGCAGUGGCUGAUCUCAUGGUCUUGGUGGCCGCCGGCCUCCCCAACAUCACGGAGAGUAUUUAUGGUUCCUGGGUCUAUGGUUAUGUCGGAUGCCUUUGCAUUACUUACCUCCAAUACUUGGGCAUUAAUGCAUCCUCGUGUUCCAUCACAGCCUUUACUGUUGAGAGGUACAUAGCAAUCUGUCACCCCAUCAAAGCCCAGUUUCUCUGCACGUUUUCCAGAGCCAAAAAGAUCAUCAUUUUUGUGUGGGCUUUCACAUCCAUUUACUGCAUGCUCUGGUUCUUCUUACUGGAUCUCAAUAUCAAUACCUAUAAAGAUGCUAUCGUGGUGUCCUGUGGCUACAAGAUCUCCAGGAACUACUACUCACCUAUUUACUUGAUGGAUUUUGGCAUCUUUUAUGUUGUGCCAAUGAUUCUGGCCACUGUUCUCUAUGGGUUGAUAGCUAGGAUCCUCUUCUUAAAUCCCAUUCCUUCUGAUCCUAAAGAAAACUCUAAGACUUGGAAAAAUGACUCAAACCAUCAGAACAAGAACUUGAAUUCAAAGACCUCUAACCGAUGUUUCAACAGCACAAUUGCAUCCCGGAAGCAGGUCACCAAGAUGCUGGCAGUGGUUGUAAUUCUGUUCGCCCUUUUAUGGAUGCCCUACCGGACUCUUGUGGUUGUCAACUCAUUUCUCUCCAGCCCUUUUCAAGAAAAUUGGUUCUUGCUCUUUUGCAGAAUUUGCAUUUAUCUCAACAGUGCCAUCAACCCAGUGAUUUACAAUCUCAUGUCCCAGAAAUUCCGCGCAGCCUUCAGAAAGCUCUGCAACUGCAAGCAGAAACCAGCGGAGAAGCCUGCUAGCUAUAGUGUGGCGCUGAAUUACAGUGUCAUCAAAGAGUCUGAUCACUUCAGUACAGAGCUCGAUGACAUCACUGUCACCGACACUUACUUGUCGGCCACGAAAGUGUCUUUUGAUGACACCUGCUUGGCUUCUGAAGUAACCUUUAGCCAAAGUUGAUUCAUGACUUGAAAGAAAAUGAACCUGAAAGUAAAUGAGUCUGCAGUUCUCAGCCCAAGAGAGAAAAACAGUCAAUACCCAUCCAAGAAGACAGAGCAGACAAAGUUUUUGCCAAUAUUCUAACAAAUUCUGGUCCAAGACACUUUAACCCAUAAGAAGGGUUCAUAGAUUCUUUUUUAUAGAACUAGUGUGACCAAAAAUUGAAGUAGCUCUGUGAAACAGCUAAGCUGUGGAAAUUAAAAGCAUAGCCUUAAGAAAUUUACUAUAUUUGGAGGUGGAGGGGCGACCAAAAUUCAGAUAUGUAGGUGUCAAUUUAAAUUAUUUAUCAUAUUUUUAAAAAGGUAUUUUUCACCCUCCAAAAUUUCACUUUAGUAAUUUGACAAUAUGCCAAUUUUAAGUAUUUCCAUUUUAACAAAGUCUUGCUCUACUUCACAAGUAUCUGAGACACAGAGAGAAAUAACACAAAAGCAUUUUUUAUUGAGUGCAAAUAAGAUUUUAGACAGGAAUGAUCACAUAUUAAAAAAUCAAAAUCAGAAUUCUGAGAAAUUAUUUCAAUCUUAAAAAAUUAUAUCAUUCAAUUGAACCGUAAAACAAACUCCAAAAUUUGCCAAAUUAUUCAAACUACAAUUGGAGAAGACAGAGAUUUGAUUUUUAGGUAAGUCCAGCUUUUAAUAUUUUUUUGUUUCUCCAAAAUGAUGAAUUAGAAAAUCAAAAUAAUCAGAUUAAGUUACUAUAAAAUUACAAACUGGCAUAAUAUUUGUAUUAAAAAGUAUAGCCAAGACAAGAUCAAUUAUUUAAAAUAAGAUUUUACUUUUUUUCCCAGAAACAUUCUAAGAAGAAAAUUCUUACUUUCAGCAUUUUUGUAUAUAAAUUACUGAACCGUGUCUAGUGAGUCCAUCCAGCUGAAUCUAGCAUAAAAGUCUGAAACAGUCUCACAUCUUAGUUCCUAUUCGAAGACUGAAAUCUAUUACAUUCCAGAUGAAGACACCCCACAGAGCUCUGCAGUCAAUUGAUUUUAACUUGUCUACAAUUGUCUUUUUCUUCCUGUCUACUUGUCAUUUGCAGGUUCUUUUUACAAAUGCUAGUUUUCUUUUGUUUACGGAUUCUAAGUCAAAGCAAUGAAAAAUUCUGUUGCUUUAUUUGCAAUAUUACUAAAAUGUAUUUCUUCUCAUUUUCAUUCUUUCCCUAGACAUGACUUCAACCCACUAUGACAGUAAUUAUGAACGAGGCAUGAAUGUAAAUCUGCCCUACAUAUAGUAUGAGAUUCUACUUUUUAAGUCCUUUUAUGUGACUCACCUACUGAAAUCUGGUUAAUCAUAGUCUCCAAGUGUACAAACUGUCCUUGGCAAUGACUGAGUAAUAGCUGAUUUUUAAGGCCUAGAUCAAAUAUUCCUAGUAUUUUAAAGUGCCCCCAACACAGAUUGGCAUUUUCUUUCUCUAUUUUAUAUUUGUAUCUCAUGGAUUCCUCCUACCCCCGCACGUAAUUACUAGAGAUAAUGACUCUUCACUCUUAAAUAAAAAAUAUAUCAUACCACUGUAGAAACUUUGGUUUAAAAAUAUUACUUAAUGAGAAUUCUGCUAUCCUGAAUUAAACAUGGUUUAAUGAAAACUAUCCUCUUCAAUGUGAGGAAGACAUUUUCAAUCCUGUUAUUGUAUUAGUAAAAAAAAAAUGCAAGCAAACAUUUAUAGAAAAUAGGGGACUGGAGCAAUAGCACAGUCGACCUGUGUUCGAUUCCCAGCAUCCCAUAUGGUCCCCUGAGCACCGCCAGGGGUGAUUCCAGAGUGCAGAGCCAGGAGUGCAGAGCCAGGAGUAACCCCUGUGCAUCACCAGGUGUGAUCCAAAAAGCAAAAAAACAAAACAAAACAAAAAAAACCCUAAAAUGUCUUUCUGUGUGAAAUUCAGCUAUUUUAACUGACUUUUCAUACUGAAAUGUUAAUCUUGGUAUCAUGUAGAGAACCAUAAUGACAUACAGAUAUAUAUAUGCAAUUACAGUGAUAUAUGUAAAGGUCCAGCACUUAUACACGUGAACAUAUUGCUUUCACAAAGGGUAUUGGAUUAUAUUCAAUUUUUUUCAUUAGGGCAAGGAACUAAACUGCCAUGUAUUGGGCAUGCUGGUAAGUAUUUAAAUACUUUUAUAUUCACCAGUCUCACUGUAGCUGCAAUUUCUCUGAUGAGAAUGGCAAGGAUCAUUAGGGAAAUCAGUAUGAAUUCCCUAAAUCAUGUAAGUAUCAGGAAGAGAGAAUGGAGAAAGUAGGUCUUUAUCUUUUUUUUUAACAUUUAUAAAGUGUUUAUUGCACACUUCUAAAAUGCUUUUUUAAAAAUUUUUAUAUUUUACUCUUCAAAAUCCAUCUUGCAGCCUAAACUUUUGGAAGCUGAUAGCCUAAUAAAGGAAAUUUAAAAAAUAUACAUACUUUGCAGAGAGGUAACAUCAGAUGUUGAAAAUUUUUGCUAGUGAUUUUACAAGUACACAGAACACAGUACAGUCUAUCUACCUUUGAAAUUUUAAUAUGAACUCAGUUUUUCCAUUUUAAUUUUUCAAAUGCUAUUUGCUAAUAAUCUGAUAGUUUGAGACAACAUGGGAAAUUCAAAAGAACACAGUUCAUAGUGUUUCAAUUCUAAAGCAAAUGCCAUUAAGAAAUUAAAUGUUUCCAUGCAAAGUACAAUAGCUAUCUGGAUUUACACAAGAGAAACAUAUCUUUUUAAAGUGUUCUUUCUAAAACUGUAUUAAAUCAUAAAAUAUUCUCAUGAAUAAUCAAAACUUAAUAUACUAUGAAAUGAAAAAAUAAAGAACUGGAUUGAACAUUACUGAUGAAAUAAAGUAAUAUUAUUAAGUAGCUGCCUUAAUCAAAUUCUUUGAAUUAUUUUAUUACUUGCAAUUUCAUGAAUUUCUGAGUGUCUGUGUUAGAUCAUGCACCUGAGGAAAUUAGCCAAGGUAUCCAUGAUGAGUAAAACAAGCAAGCAUGAAUUCCCCCUUAAUACUUCUCAGUCAAUAUUAUGAAUCUGUUUCUAAAGUUUUAUUCCAACACAAUUCUCCUAAAUGUUGAGAGAAAUGAGAAACUCUAAAUUAUUUAUUCUUCAACCAUGAAAAAAAGCACUGAACAAUAAAUAGAUCUUUACAAUACUUUAAAACAAGGAGCAGUGGAAUCAAAGAAAAAUUUAUUCAAAACAACUUAGAUUUAAAAUGUGUACUUGAAUUGACUCAUUUUCAGAAAACAUGCUGGAAUAGUGACAAUAUUUAAGGUUAGGUCACAUGAUUUACAUCAUCCUUUUAAAAAUAAAAGAUACCUUAUUACAUACAACACUAAAUGUGAUAAUAUUAUAGAAAAGAAGGAUGUUGAUUAUUUGGAAAGAAACAUUUUAAGGGUUUACUCAUUACUAUUUGAGUUCUAUAAAUAUUACACUGAACAUUAUCUUUGUUUCUCAAUUACAACUUGUCAGGGCUUAGAAUUUUAUGGGGAUGGAGUAAUAAAACUAAAUAUGAAUGUUAGAGCAUCCAUAAACCACUAGUGAGUCCCAAAGUCAAAGUACUCUUUUAAAUUCAGAACCAUUCAUUCUUCUAAAAAAAAGCAAAGAAUAAAAAUGUAUAGCAAUUUAUUUUCAAUUUAUUCAUAUUAAUAGUAAAUUGAAUAUAAAUCAUAGUAAGAACUAAAACCUUUUAAAUUAAAAAUUUUACUAACAUCAAAUCAUAUUUGAGACCAAAAUUAGUCUGAGAAAUUAUGUUUUUUAGAAUGAUAAUCAUGAAGAAUUCUUACAUUUCUGUAAUAAUACAUAGAUUUUUCUCUCCUAUUCCUCCUCACUUCAAUUUCUAUUCUUCAACAAACAACAAACAUUUUCUCAAAGGAAACAAUUUUCUUUGACUUUAUGCAAAACUAAACUUGAACAUAAAAUGUCUUAAGUAAAGGAAUACAAUUCUUUCAAAUACAUUCAUAAAAAAGUUGCACAGCUAAUAUUUUUAUAAAAUUACAGCUAAAUUAUGAAAACUCUAGUGCUUCUAGAAUUUCUCUUUAAAAUAUGUCUCAUUUUCCUGGUAGGAGUCGUGUAGUGUUGCUACUGUCAAUGUAAUUUGUAAUUUUCAAUAUACUUCCUUGCAGAACUAAAUAUCUGGCACUGCAGAGGUUUCAGUGAGAAAUUAAUAUGUGAAUAAUUCCAUAUGAGAAAAACUAAUGCAGAAAUUUGUUUCAGAAAGCAACAGUGUCUCCCCAUUUUCAAGAAGUACUUAAUUCAACAAGGAAAAAACAUCUCAAGGUAUAAUUGAUUGGCAAUAGUUAAAAUGCAAAUAAAGGAUUUAAUAAAUACUUCAAAGUCAUAAUUGUUAAAAUUCCAUUUGGAAAUGCAUUGAGACAUUUUAACAUAAAAAUUAUUUCCAAAAAAUCAAUCUCACAACACUAUAACUAGAAAUAGCAAUUAGUUUUUUUCUUAAUUCAUUUGUUGCAUAGGAGAAAGAAAAGAUCAGAUAAGAUCCUAUAAUAUUUUGUUUAUCUGUAUUGCUCUAUAAAUUUAAUCUGAAACCUCUUGGCAGAAAACUUGCAAUAGUUACAUGUUGAAAAACAGUUUAUUGUUGAAACAGAGAGCACAAAAGGGAUGAACUAAACCAAAUGUGCAUGGUUCUUAUUUUAAUAUCCAAGUAAUUCCUUUUGAAAAUCCUGUCUGUGGGUGUUUGUAUAUACAGUAAUAAGGCCUGUUUACAUUUCUUCUAUACCAAGCACAUCCAUGGUAUGUCCUAUAGGAGAUGAUUGAUGAAUGUUUUAGAUAUUAUAUUUAGAAAAAUAAAAGAGUUGGAGGAAUAGUCCAACUGGGACAGCACAUUGCUAGAACUGUCAAAUCUAAACCCAUCAAAACAACAAAUGAUGGUUUCGUGGUCAAUAAAUAGCAAAUCCUCAGAAUGAUUGCCUGUCUGACCUCAUAGAAGAACAUCAGGGUCAAGACCAAACAAAAGACAAACUCUCAUCUGGAAUGAUGGAAAUAAAAGCUCUGCGAAAACAAUAAAAGUUAAAAGGCUGGGAGAAACAACGAACUAAGGUAAAGCUCUUUAAUUUAUUUGAACCCAAAAGCAAUACCUCUAAGUGAAUAUCUGUUCUUCAUAGAAUUAUGUGGUACUGUAGCAGUAGCACAGCGGGUAGGGUAUUUGCCUUACACGCUGCUGACCCGGGUUCAAUUUCUCCGUCCCUCUCGGAGAGCCUGGCAAGCUGCCCAGAGUAUCCCACCCGCAUGGCAGAGCCUGGAAAGCUACCCUUGGCAUAUUUGAUAUGCCAAAAACAGUAACAACAAGUCUCACAAUGGAGACGUUACUGGUGCCCGCUUCAGCAAAUCGAUGAACAAUGGGACGACAGUGCUACAGUGCUACAGAAUUAUGUGAAUUUUGUGCAGGUGACUGUUCUCUGACUUGAGAGGAAAAAAAAACGAGUAUGAACUUUUUCAAGUAUGAGAUGGCCCAAAAUUGAAAAGAUGGAAAACUUCCAGAAAAUAAAAGCAAAUGCAUCAUAACUAUAAAAUGAAAUUUUAUCUAACCAGAGCCUGAAUUGAGAUACCAGGAAGAGUAUUUUUGAAUUUGUAGAAUGACACUAGAUGCUACUAUGAAAAAGCCAAAAGUUGACUCUCUAACCAUGAAUAUAAACCACCGCCUUUAUCUAAUAGAAUUUUUGUGAGUGUAUCUUCAAGUGCCCUUUUUUUGGUCCUGAACUUAGAGCUUCUCACUUCUAAACUCAUUUUGUUGCUUGCAGUUUUUUGGUCUCUAUGAAAACCACCAAGUGCUAGUCCCCUUUGUAAAAUCCACAAGAAUCUUUUUUAUCAUAUAACUUUAAUGUGAUCACAUAAUCAUCAUCUUCAUAAUUCUAAAUACUUUCCUUGAGAUGGAGAUUAGUCUUUGUAUUACACAAAUGACCUUGAGAUUACUUUUGGGUUUCAUAAAGAGUAUAAAAAAAAAGAGUCUAAAAAACUUGAAGUAUAUAUCACUAUCUAUUAAAGGAAUGAGCAAGUCAAUGAAAACCAAACUAAGGAAUACAUUUGAAAUACGAUGUUGUUCAAUUUUCCUGCAUACCUAAUCUCAAAAUAUAAUUAGCUCUCUUUUAUUCUAUGCUCUUCAAACUCUGUGAAAGGCCACGCAUUCAGUGUGCUACAGCAGUGGUCUUCAACCAUGGUCCAUGGACCAAGGUAUGUUCUCAGGUCUAGAAAGGUUGAAAACCACUGGCCUGCUAAUUUGGUUAGCAGCUGGUCUUCUGAAUGGUAUGUGGGACAGGUUCACAGUUGUAAAAGGUUAAGGAUGCUCUUUUAGAGCAUUGUCCAGUUCAUACCUUAUUUGUACAAAAUGCCUGACUAUUUCAAAAGCACUUUUAUGCUUUAAUUUAUUAAUUCUU